AUGUCCGCGCGAGGGGUGCGCCCAGGGAUGCUGCGCCACAAGGAGAACAACCCGGCGGACGCGCAGGCCGGCAAGCGCCAGCGCACCGCCACCGGGGCCGGGAGGCAGCCGCUCUCCGCAGCCGCACAGCCGCCGCCGCGGCCGCCACCUGAGGAGGAGCCCAUGGUCUUCGUGGGCAGGGAGGACGUCGAGGCCCUUCUCAACGAGAAGAUGAAGGGCAAGAACAAGAUGGACUACAAGGGAAAGAGCGAGCAGAUGAUGGAAUACAUCAAGAAGCUGCGGGCCUGCAUAAAAUGGUUGCUUGAGAGAGAGGAUGCAAACCUCAUUGAAAUUGGGAACAUUAGUGCCCGGCUUGAGGCUGAAGGGAAAGAACACUCCGAGACAGUGGCUGAGUUGAAGAAUUCUAUUGAUGAAGCAAGAUCAAUAAAUGAGGAGCUUCAGAAACAGUACACAUCUCUACAAGAGACUCUGAAGAAGGUCGAGACUGAGAAAAUGGAUGCUCUAAGGGCUCUAGAAGAGGAAAAGGAUGCAAGGAUUUCUGUUGAAUCAGUGAAGAAUGAGCUUUUGGAAGAUCUCAAAAGAAACAAGUUGGAGGAAAAACGCCUUAACGACCAGAUUAAGAUGCUUCAGGACACAAACAAAAGGCUUCAAGAAUAUAACACCAGUUUGCAGCAAUAUAAUAGCAAUCUCCAAGCAGAUGCAACAAAGAAUGCCGAAACAAUAGCAAAGCUGCAAAAAGAGAAGAAUACGAUGGUGGAGACAAUGAAUGGUCUGAAGGAUCAUGCUAACUCAGUAAAAAUGCAGCUUGAUUUGGCAAAGUCUUUGCAAAAUGAAGCUGCAAAACAAAAGAAUGAUUUAUUGAAAGAAGUUGAAGGUCUUAGAAUGGAGCUUCAGCGUGUCCGGGAGGACCGUGACAAUAAAUCUGCCGAAGUAGAUUCUUUGAUGGCUGAGAUAGGAACAUACAAAGAAAUGACAGGAAAAACUGCCAUGGAGUUAGAUGGUGCGAUGACACGUACAACUGCACUCGAGGAAACCUGUUCAUCCCAAAGAGAGACAAUAAAGACAUUGGAAAUUAAGCUUGCAGCUGCCAGCGAAAGGCUAAAGAUGUCUGAUUUGACGGCCUUGGAAACCAUGACUGAGUAUGAGAAUCAAAAGAAAAUGUUGGAGAGUCUUCAGUCACGCCUAGAAGAAGCUGAGCAACAAAUUCUAGAUGGAGAAAAAUUAAGAAAGAAGCUACAUAAUACGAUCCUCGAGCUGAAAGGAAACAUCAGGGUAUUCUGUAGAGUAAGGCCUCUGCUACCAAAUGAGUCAGGAGCUGUCUCAUAUCCAAAGAGUGGAGAAAACAUGGGCCGUGGUAUUGAGUUGAUGCAUAAUGCUCAAGCAUAUUCAUUUACUUUUGAUAAAGUAUUUGAUCAUUCGGCAUCACAAGAGCACGUGUUCAUCGAAAUAUCUCAACUAGUGCAAAGCGCCCUGGAUGGCUAUAAGGUAUGCAUAUUUGCCUAUGGGCAAACUGGUUCUGGUAAAACAUAUACAAUGAUGGGUAAUCCAGAGUUAGAUGAUCAGAAAGGAAUGAUACCAAGAUCCCUGGAACAAAUUUUCCAAGCUAGCCAGACACUUAAUUCACAGGGUUGGAAAUAUAAGAUGCAGGCCUCAAUGUUGGAGAUAUACAAUGAGACUAUACGCGACUUGCUUGCUGCGAAUCGCAUGGCUGCUCAAGAUGGUGGUUCUUCAAAGUACACUAUCAAGCAUGAUGCCAAUGGCAACACUCAUGUGUCGGAUCUCACGGUUGUUGACGUAACUAGUAUCAGUGAAGUUUCUUCUCUGCUUAGGCGGGCUGCUCAGAGCAGAUCAGUUGGGAGAACACAAAUGAAUGAGGAAUCAUCCAGAAGUCACUGUGUUUUCACUCUUCGAAUCUUUGGUGUAAACGAGGGAACGGAUCAACAAGUUCAAGGAGUGCUCAAUCUUAUAGAUCUAGCUGGCAGCGAGCGCCUCAACAAAAGUGGUGCCACUGGUGACCGGCUGAAAGAGACUCAGGCUAUCAAUAAAAGCUUGUCAUGCUUAAGCGAUGUGAUCUUCUCAAUUGCAAAGAAAGAGGAACACGUUCCAUUUAGGAACUCAAAGUUAACGUAUCUGCUCCAGCCAUGCCUUGGAGGGGAUUCGAAGACGCUGAUGUUUGUGAAUCUGUCUCCUGAAGUGUCUUCCACUGGAGAGUCUAUUUGCUCGUUGCGGUUUGCUGCAAGGGUGAACUCUUGUGAGAUUGGGAUCCCUGGCGACAAACUCAGAUGCGGAGCUCGCAAUGAUGAAACGGGGUGAAGGGGGUGCCUGUGGAUCGCCAAGAUCCAUCUGCCGAUGGACCAUCGGCGGUGUAUGUUUAUGUUGCUUGGGUUGAUUUACUGAUGCAAUUGAUCAUUUGCGUCCUGUGAUAGGUGUUGGGUUCAUUUGAGUUGUGGUUUGGUGAUUGUGCUAACGGCCGGCCUCUUUAAUCUUAGGAACUCAUUUGUACAAACUUGUAUGUUGACAUGUGGUAAAUCAUUUUCUUGA